GCCACUGGCGGGCGUCACUAGGACCCAGCAGCAGGAGGGCUGCUGCUCCCUGCCCCCUGCCCCCAGCUCUCUCUCUCCCUGCCCGCUGAUGGUCUGUGGACGUGCGGGCAGAAACGCGGCUCCGGUGAUGAAGCUGGAUGAGGGACGGUCACAGCGCUCGCCUGCAUCACCCGUUUCUUGUUGGGUGUCGGUCCAAUCAGCGCUGAUACACAUUAUGUGUGACUGUGAAGAUUUCUGAGGGGAGCACGUCAGAUCCUGUCAUUUCUGUCUGCCAUCAACACACAGCCCUAGUGCACCAUGGGAGGCGUGGCGGUGGACGUGGACACAGGCGGGGUGAAGGCUCCCGAUGGCGGGUGGGGCUGGGCGGUGCUUGCCGGCUGUUUUGUCAUCACAGGUUUCUCGUACGCUUUCCCUAAAGCGAUGAGCGUCUUUUUCAAAGAGCUGAUCAGGGAGUUUGGGGUGGGAUACAGCGACACGGCCUGGAUCUCCUCCAUCCUGCUGGCCAUGCUCUACGGCACAGGUCCUCUGUGCAGUGUGCUGGUGAACCGCUUUGGCUGUCGCCCAGUGAUGAUGGUGGGGGGCCUCUUUGCCUCUCUGGGAAUGAUCCUGGCCUCCUUCUCCACCAGCAUCAUCCACAUCUACCUCUGUGUAGGGGUCAUUACAGGUUUGGGUUUAGCCCUGAACUUCCAACCAUCUCUCAUUAUGCUCAACCGCUAUUUCAGUGAGAAGCGUCCUCUGGCCAAUGGGCUAUCAGCCGCUGGAAGCCCUGUGGCCCUGUGCUGCCUCUCGCCCCUGGGCCAGCUCCUCCAGGACCACUACGGAUGGAGGGGGGGCUUCCUCAUCCUGGGUGGCAUUCUACUCAACUGUUGUGUGUGCGGGGCGCUAAUGAAGCCCCUGGUUGCCCCCAAGACUCUCAAGGCUAAGGACCUGGAAAAGGACAGCAAAGAAGAAACCGAGAAAAAGAAGAAGCCCAAAGCCAAACUGCUGGACUUCUCGGUGUUCAAAGACUGUGGGUUCGUCAUCUACACCGUGUCGGCGUCCAUCAUGGUGCUGGGGCUGUUCGUGCCCCCGGUGUUUGUCGUGAGCUAUGCUAAAGAGCUGGGGAACGAGGACACCAAAUCAGCUCUGCUGCUCACCAUCCUGGGCUUCAUUGACAUUUUUGCCCGGCCCACGUGUGGCGUGAUUGCCGGACUGAAAUGGGUGCGGCCUCGUUGCGUCUACCUCCUUAGCUUUGCUAUGCUUUUCAACGGAAUCACCGACCUGGUCGGGUCGCAGGCCAAGGACUACGUCUCGCUGGUGGUCUUCUGUAUAUUCUUCGGCAUUUCCUACGGCAUGGUGGGUGCCCUGCAGUUUGAGGUUCUCAUGGCAAUAGUUGGUACUGAGAAGUUCUCCAGCGCCAUCGGCCUGGUCCUGCUCAUGGAGGCCAUUGCUGUGCUGGUGGGGCCGCCCGGCGCAGGCCGGCUUCUUGAUGCCACCAAGAACUACAUGUGGGUCUUCCUGCUGGCAGGAUGCGAGGUGGUCCUCUCAGCUGUGGUUCUGGCUACUUGUAACUUCCUGUUUAUCAGCAACAAGUCCUCAGCAUCAGCAGACAAGCUUGACAACAUCCCAGUGACAGACAAUGCCAAUACAGAAUUGUGCAGCAAACCUGCAGAGAUGAAUGACGAAGAGGAGAAGGGAGAAAGAGAGGAGCUAGAGAAGGAGACAAAUAAGGAGGGUCUUUAUUGAUUUUUUUGUCCUUCGUGGUCUGGUGAAGUCAACUGGUAUGGCCAAGCUCCAGGGCUUUGAGUUUUGG